UCAAUCCUUUCUUCUCCUCAAUUUGGUCACUUCCUUCUCAAUCAUGCCUGUCCUUGAAACACUUGGUGGUGCUCUUUUUGGUGUUGUUCUUCAGAUGCUAUUUGACAAGCUCGAUUCUCAUCAAGUUUUGGGCUUCUUUCGUGGGAGAAAUCUUGACGAGAAGCUACUGAAAAAGUUGAAGAGGAAGUUGAUGGACAUCAACGCUGUCAUAGAUGAUGCAGAACAAAAGCAGUUCACUAAUUCAUUGGUCAAAGAGUGGCUUGAUGAGGUUAGAGACGUCUUGUAUGAUGCAGAGGAUCUGCUCGAGCAAAUAGACUAUGAAUUCUCCAAGACUAAGUUGGAAGCUGAAUUCCAGACCAGUUCUAGCAAGGUAUACAGUUUUGAAUCCAAGAUCAUAGCACUCCUAGACGAUUUAGAAUCUCUUUUAAACCACAAGAUUGUUAAAGAUUUCAAAAUUUAUAGUGGCGUAAGAUCUGAGUUGGGUAAUAAGGUGUCGGAUAAAAAAGUCGAAUCAACGUCGUUGGUGGCUGAAGAGGUAAUUUAUGGCAGAAAUGAGGAAAAAGAAAUGAUCUUUACUUGGCUGAGAUCUGACACUGACGAUAAUAAGCAGUCAAUACUUUCUAUUGUGGGUAUGGGUGGGAUGGGUAAGACCACACUUGCUCAACAUGUAUACAAUGAUCCAAAGACAGAGGAAGCUAAAUUUGAUGAAAAGGCUUGGGUUUGCGUUUCUGAUGCAUUUGAUGCUUUGAGAGUAUCCAAAGCAAUUAUUGGAGCUUUCACUAACUCAAGAGAUGACAGUGAUGACCUAGAAAUGAUUCAUGGAAAAUUUAAAAAAAGAUUGUCCGGAAGGAAAUUUCUUCUGGUUCUGGAUGAUGUUUGGAACGAAGACCGCAAUCAAUGGAAAGCAUUACAAACUCCUCUUACGUUUGGAGCUAAAGGAAGUAAAAUUCUAGUCACAACACGCAGUCACAAAGUUGCUUCUAUCAUGCAGUCAACCUACAUACACCAAUUAAAGCAAUUAGAUGAAGAUCACAGCUGGCAAACUUUUGCUAAACAUGCAUUCCAUGAUCAAGACUCCGAGUUGAAGUCUGAGUUAAAGGAGAUUGGUAUGAAGAUAGUUAAAAAGUGCCAAGGAUUGCCUCUGGCCCUUGAAACAAUAGGAUGUCUUUUACAGUCAAAGUCAUCCGUUUCAGAGUGGGAAGGUGUAUUGACAAGCGAGAUAUGGGACUUACCAAUAGAAGAUAGUAAAAUCGUCCCUACCUUGUUGUUGAGCUAUUACCAUCUUCCUUCUCAUCUCAAGAGAUGUUUUGCUUAUUGUGCAUUAUUCCCCAAAGACCAUAGGUUUGACAAAGAGAGCUUAAUUUUGUUAUGGAUGGCUCAAAAUUUUCUACAUUGCUCUCAACAAAGCAAGUCUCCAGAAGAAGUAGGUGAAGACUACUUCAAUGAUCUAGUAUCAAGGUCAUUCUUUAAACAAAUAACUUGGGACAAGGAAAUAUAUUUUGUCAUGCACGACCUUCUGAAUGAUUUAGCAAAAUAUGUUUCAGGUGAAAUCUGCUACAGGUUAGGUGUUGAUGGUGAAAAAGGAGUAUCAAGGAAAACCCGUCAUAUAUCAUAUGUAAGCGGUCUUAGUCAAUGUUAUACGAAUUUAUGUGAUGCUAAAGGGUUACGGACAUUUAUAACCUUUCAGGGGUGGGACUGUCCGAUGUCAAUAGAAGAGUCAAUCUCCAACUUUAAGUUCUUACUGGUCUUAUCAUGGCGUUGGUGUAUUAAGGUGCCUGACACCAUAGGCGAUCUAAUACAUCUCCGUUCGUUAGACCUUUCAGGUGCCGACAUAAAGAGACUUCCUGACUCAACCUGUUCACUCUAUAACUUGCAAGAAUUGAAACUAAAUAAUUGUUUCAAAUUGAAGGAGCUGCCCUUGACUUUGCAUGAGCUCACCAAUUUGCGCCGCCUUGAACUUAAGGGAAUUACUUUAACAAAGGUUCCACACCGUUUAGGAGAGUUGAAGAAUCUUCACGUGUGGAUAAACAAGUUUGCGGUUGAAAAAAGUAGUGAGUUCAGUAUUCAACAAUUAGGAGAACUUGAUCUUCGUGCAGAGGAGCUGUCAAUUAAUAAUCUUGAAAAUAUCGCAAAUCCCUGUGAGACGAAUUUGAAAAAUAAAACACAUAUUGUGAGUCUGAGUUUACGAUGGAAUUUGAAGCGGAACAAUGACGAUUCAGUAAAAGAAAGAGAAGUACUUGAGAAUCUGCAACCUUCCAGGCAUUUGAAGCACUUGUCGAUCGAUGGCUAUCUACAGAUGAUAUCGCAGGAGCAACCUCAUAAUCAUUUGAAGUAUUUGUGGAUUGAAGAAUGCUCUGAAUUUGAAUCAUUUCCUAACGAAGGAUUAUUUGCACCUCAGCUAGUGUCAUUUAAUAUUAGAGGAUUGAAAAAAUUGAAGUCAAUGCCUAAAUGCAUGUCUGCCCUUCUUCCAUCUCUUAAUCGUGUGGACAUAUUCUAUUGUCCAGCGCUGGAGAUGUCCGAGGGAUAUUUGCCAUCAAAUGUAAAAAAGAUGUUUCUCGGGGAUUGCUCCAAACUUGUGGCCUCACUCAAGGGCGCUUGGGGAACCAACCCUUCCUUAAAAAUCCUUUACAUUUGCAAUGUGGAUUUGGAGUGUUUUCCUGGUGAAGGUUUGCUCCCACUUUCUCUUGAUCAUCUAGAGAUAUAUGAUUGUCCAAAUCUUAAAAAACUGCACUACAAGGGUCUCUGUCACCUCUCCUCUCUUCAGACAUUGGUUCUUCGUGACUGUCCUAUACUCCAAUGCUUGCCUGAGGAGGGUCUACCCAAAUCCAUUUCAAAACUCGAAAUUGUAUAUUGUCUGUUACUAAAACAGCGAUGCAAGAAACAAGGUGAAGACUGGGAAAAGAUUGCUCACAUUAAAUCCAUAUGCGUUGAUUACGUAAAUGAAAAACGUUUAUAAUAUUUUCCAACAAAAUUUUGUCAACUUUUUGACAACUACACGUGGAGCAUUUUCAUUGGUUGAUUUUUAGAAAGUUGGUUUUUGGUGUGGAGGGCAUAUUUGGAAAGAAAAUUCAGAUUGUCCCUUUCUUUCAUAUUUUCCUCUUCUUCGUUUUUGGCUUUGCACAUUUCGUCACUCUCUCUCCACCAUUGAACGGGGCUCUCAG